GACGAGCACCGCGGUCAAGGAGGACAGCGAUGGCACCGAAAAAGGCAUCGCCGACGAAGAAGAAGGCGAAGGAGGUUAAGCAAAAGCCUGGUGCAUCCGACGCCACUCAAGACGCAGUGGGUGACACACCAGGUCCUGCAGCAGACCCAGACGACGCAGACCUUUAUCACGAACCGAUCAAGAAGAUUGUCAUUCCAGAUAACCAACUCCGCCUCAGCGAGCAGGAACUGAAAGAAGAGUUCUCGAGAGUGUUGACAGCAAAUGAUCCAAACGUCCCCAACAAUAUCACCAAGUACAACUACAAAGAGCGCAUGUACAAAGUGGAUCCUCCAGGACCUGGAGACAAUUUGUUUCUGCACCUGUCGUCCGAAGGCAGCAUGAUCCACAAGGAGUCGGAAGAUGCCAAGGUUCAAGCAGCGUACGAUAUGAAGAAAGCGGAAGAGGAAAAGGAGGCUCGAGAUGCAGCCAUCAAACAAGCCAAGGAGGAAGCUGAAGCUAAGGGCGAAAAGAUCGACGAAUCCAGUCUUCAGUUUGAAUCGGGCAAAAAUCAAUUCAACUACAGCGAACGCGCGGCUCAAACGUACACGAAUCCGUUACGCCAACGGUCCAUCGAGACCGAACCGCCCCCGGUCCUGAAUUACAUGGCCACCGUGACGCAGUGGGAUAUCUACGACACGUAUAUGGAGUCGUACGAGCAGCACCAGCGGGAGCAAAUCCAGCUCCAAAAGGCCGCCCAGAAGAAGGAAAAGGAAGACAAGGACGUCGCAGAAGUCGUGGUCGUGACGACGUCCAAAAACAAAGACGACGACAUGGUCCACAGCGCUGCAAUGGGCAAAAUCCUUCGUGUCAUCGAACGCAUGGUGAACCAGAACGCCGAGGACGAAAUUUUCCAGGAUUUCAAGUACUGGGAAGACGCAUCGGACGCAUUUCGAGAUGGAGAAGGAUCACUGUUGCCGUUGUGGCGGUUCUCGUCGGAGCGAGCCAAGAAGAAACAGGUCACAGCCGUGUGUUGGAACCCGUGCUUCUCGGACUUGUUCGCUGUCGGGUACGGCUCGUACGAUUUUCUGAAGCAAGGGUCUGGGCUCGUGUGCUGCUACUCACUCAAGAACACGUCGCACCCCGAGUUUAUUUUUGCGACCGAGUCUGGCGUCAUGUGCCUCGAUUUCCACCCGCAGCAACCGGCGCUGCUUGCCGUGGGCUGCUAUGACGGAACGGUCAUGGUGUAUGACGUUCGAAACAAAGUGAACCGACCGAUCUACACGUCAACAAUCAAGACAGGCAAGCACACGGAUCCCGUGUGGCAAGUGAAUUGGCAAGAGGAAGACUUGGCGAAAGAGCUCAACUUUUUCUCGAUUUCGUCCGACGGCCGCGUCGCGAAUUGGAUCAUGAGCAAGAACGAACUCAAGAUGGAGCCCGUGAUGCAGCUCAAGCUCGUCAACACCGUCAAGGACGACCCAGAAGAAACGUCGCUAUCUGGUCUCGCCGGCGGGUGCUGCUUCGACUUUAACCGAUUCAGCGAACACUUGUUCGUCGUGGGGACGGAGGAAGGCAAGAUUCACAAGUGCUCGAAAGCGUACUCUGGCCAGUACUUGGAAAACUACACGGGACAUCACAUGGCUGUCUACGCCGUUCGGUGGAACCCGUUUCACGAGCGGUGCUUCUUGAGCUGCAGUGCGGACUGGACGGUCAAGCUAUGGGACCACAGCAUUCCCGAACCCAUCAUGUCGUUUGAUUUGGGCAAUUCCGUCGGGGAUGUUGCAUGGGCUCCGUACUCGUCGACUGUGUUUGCCGCCGUCACAAGCGACGGCAAAGUCCAUGUCUUUGAUCUUGCAGAAAACAAAAACGAACCGCUUUGCGAGCAAAAGGUUGUGAAAAAAGCCAAACUGACGCACAUUACGUUUAACACCAAAGACAGCAUUGUGCUUGUUGGCGACGACCGUGGCGGAGUGAACUCGCUCAAGCUGUCGCCGAAUUUGCGCAAGUUGGCAUCCACCGAAGAAACGGACCCGGCAAAAGCAAUGAAGGAUCGCCUCCGGGUAGAGUUCGAGAAGGUCGACAAGUUACUAAAUACCAACGACAACAAGGCAUAACCGCGCCUCGUCUGCUAGCCUUCAGAUUUGUAAAUUGACACAACGAAACAACGACAUGCGUAGCCA